CUAUUAAUAAUAUUUUCACCUAAAUAAUUGCAAAAAGGCUAAACUAAAACGAAAGCCAUCAGCAUAUCUUACAUUUAUAAUGUUAUCAUGCUAUCAAAAUAUUUUAUCCGUCAUGUUUACAAUUACGACAGCCAUACUGUGUCGAAAUACUGUCUCUGCAGUACAUACAUUUUGAUUUAAAACUAUACUCAAACUUAUCUCGUUUGAUAUAAUGUAGAAUUUAAGUUUACAAAUUUACAAGAACAACGUAUUUAAUGGCGUUGUUGGAAAUAUUACACAAACAUAGCACAGUUAAAUUUCUAAAUGAGGAAUACGGCUGUGAUUACAUAUUCACAGGAAAGAACAAAGCUGAAUAUUGGAUGCACGUACAAAACUGUCCAUUUCAGAAAGUAGAAAAAGUUGUCGACGUUGCAGAAGAUUCAAAUAAGGUAGAAAACGAGUCUUGUUCAAAAUGCGAUAACGGUGUUUCCGAAACUGGACAUCUGCUUACAGAUUGUAAUUUGGAAAAUGACAAAGCAUGUCAUUGGAGUGCAUUAAAAUGUCGCCAAGAACAGACAGUUUAUAGACGUUUACAAAACGGAGAAGCGAAGAAUGACAUAGAAAAUGGAAAUAACGAAAUAUCCCGAAGCAGAACAACGGGAGAGCCUUCAGAAGUGAUGCGUCACUAUGAUAUAUUUGCUGGCUAUUCUUUCCAUGGAAAACGCGACCAGGAUCUAUGUAGCUCUUCAUAUCCACUCGUGAACAAUUAUUUAGUUACAAGUAGACCACUACCACCAGAUGAGUAUGUUUCAUACUGUCGAUCAAAGACACCUAUAGGACACGUGACACCAAGUGUGAGAGAUUUGUUCAGAAUGUAGAGUUGUAUCGUUAUAAACAAGUUUAAUUUUAUAUUAACGUAUACUAUCGAACCUAAGAAACAACCUGACUGACAUUUGUUUUACAUUUCACAUAUUGAUCAGUUGUGGUGAAUUGAUUUUGUUGUUGUUUGUUGUUGUUAUAUAAUAUACAAUGCUUAUCCUUGAAUAAUAAAAAAAGAAAUCACAGAAAUGUAAAUUUUAGUGUGUAGAAUUUUCAACAUGACUUCUACCUUGUGUGAAGUCAAAACAUUUGUAUUUUAUAUUUACAAACAAACUGUCAAACAAUUAUCUAUAUUUCUAAUCAAAUAUGAGCAUAGUGUAUCUUUAAUGUUUUGAUUACAUGUGUAGUGUAUAAAGUGUCUAGUGUAAAA